ACGUUGCAUUAGUUUUCCAAAUCGUGUAUUUUCACCUCAGUAACUGAUGUUGGUCAUGUAUUUGUGAAGUUUUAGUAUUGGUUUCUUGAGCACAAAUAUAGUAGUGAGAUGAUCAAUACCUCCAGGAGAGCAUUAGCAAGCUAAAAAUGUAACAAGAGUGUUUCCUUUCGGCAGAAAUGACAGCCUCAACCCAAGCCACCAGAGGAGUCGGCUCAGCUGAUCCGCAGCAGACAUUUGAGCCAAGAGAGGAGCAGAGAAAGAGGAACCCGGAGUCUGAGAGCAGACAGGGUGUGAUGUGAAGGCAGCAGAAAGCAGAAUAGAAACUGGUUGAAUGGUGAAGCAUGAGAAGAGGUUCACUCAGCUGCUCCACCUCAAGGUGACGGUGAGCCACAAAAGCUUCUUUAACAUUUAAGCAUCAAAAAAAAAAUUUGAAUAAAUGUCAGUAAAAAUCAAAGCUUUGCAGCAGAGCAAGGAGGCCAAAAUAUCGACAUAUUUGUAUUUGAAAUGUGAGAGGCUGUACAUUCUUUACUUCUACCCCACUGCUAUAGUUGCUUUGCAAAUUGUGAAGCAUGACUUGUAAAAGACUGAGGAUUCUAAAAAAUUUUGGUUCGUAACCUCUUAAAAAAAAGAUGUCAGAAUACCGAGAAUUUCCCCCAAAGAGACGUUUAAUUCCUGUAUCUUCUCUAUCUGAGGACCAAAUAAGGCAAAUUAUCCAAUUUAUUGCACUCAGAACAGCAAAUAUUUGAGAAAUUGUUGUAUCUGAAUUUGUUUUUUCCCACUAAACUUCCCGUUAAUUAACUCAAGACUCAACAAACGUGUUGUGUGACCCCUCUGGAGGGGCCUGGACCAUACACUGGGAACUUUACUGAACUAUAUGAAAUGUAGUAAAAACAGAUCUUCGUCAACCUGCUACAACAGGAAAAACGGAUUUAUUUAAUUUUUAAAUAAGAAUAAAAAUGUGUAAAAGGGAAGCAAGUGCUUCAAGGAAUUUUAAGUGAUAAAAAAGCAACAUAAAUGCUGCUCAUAUUUGAUGUCAUUCAUUCAUUCAUGAACAGGAAUCGUUUUCUGCAGAAUUUAUACUUUUGCAUUUUUGUAAUAAUAUGUGAUGCAAUAUAUAAUAUAUGAUAUGAUACACUUUUCUGAUUGUAGUUUAAGCUGUAGUGGUGUUACUUUUAUUUGCAUAAAUGAUCAGAGUUCUUCUCCCGCCACUGACUGCAAGCAAGAUGACUUCUGAUUGUGAAUUACUGAAUUCCUGUACGGGGAAAUGAACGAGAAGAACCACAAUCAGCAGCUGUCAUCAAACAGUCCCGCUGCCCUCGAUGGAGAUGAAUCUUCUGUCCAGACCAGACCAGACCAGACCAGACCUGCAGUUUUCAUGUCUUAAAUUCUCAUUCUGCUUUUUUAAUCGUGGCUGAUUGAUGAGCGGCGGUGCCUCCCAUCUCUCUCACCUCCCCUGGCCCUCCUCCCUGCCUCCUUUCCCCUCCCUCUCUCCUACACGCAUGCAUACAGACCGACAGGCUAGGCGACCCCCCUCCCCCCCUUCCAUCAUUUUCCCAUCUCUUACUCACUCUCUUCCCUACAACAAACAUGGCCGCGAAAUCUGAUGGUGCACCCGUCUCUCAGCGAAACGAAAUCCCAACCGAGUGUCCCUCCAGGUCGGACCCGCGGCCUCCCCUGCGCCGUCCCGUCGAGCAGCGCUACUCCCUCCCGGACUGCUGCUGGACGCUGUGCGCCCUUUUGGUCUUCUUCUCGGACGGGGCCUCAGACCUGUGGCUGGCCGCGGACUACUACCUAAGGAGGGACUACUGGUGCUUUGCACUGACUCUAGUCUUUGUGAUCGUCCCUUCCGUGGUUGUGCAAGUGCUGAGCUUCCGAUGGUUCGCCUACGAUUUCUCGGAAACCGUCGAGAGUGGCACCGCUGCGGCCGCCGUGGUGGCGGCGUCGGGAGCGGAGGAGAGCGACUUCAGCACCAAGGACAGCGGCGAGCGGGGCGCUGGCCGCUCUGCCGCGGCCGGGGUGCUGCCAGGGCCGGGCACCGGGGGAGGAGCCCGGGGCUGCUGCAGAGCCUUCAUGUGGCUCUUCCAGGGCAUCAUUCAUAUCUUUCAGCUGGCACAGGUCUGGAGGUAUGUCCACGCCUUGUAUUUGGGCGUGCAGAGCCGCUGGCACGGAGACCCGGAACGGCGCCACUACUACUGGCGCAUGAUGUUUGAGAGCGCCGAUAUCAGCAUGCUGCGUCUGCUCGAGUCCUUCCUGAAGAGCGCCCCUCAGCUGGUGCUGCAGCUCAGCAUCAUGAUCCAGGCCAGUCAGGUGCUGCCUCUUCAGGGGCUUUCAGCUUCUGCCUCACUGAUAUCCCUCGCCUGGAUGAUUUCCUCCUAUCAGAAAGUCCUGAGGGACUCCCGAGACGAUAAGCUACCCAUGACCUACAAGGCAGUCAUAGUUCAGAUUCUGUGGCACUUGUUCACCAUCGGAGCUCGCACACUGGCCUUCGCCCUGUUUGCCUCUGUGUUCCAGCUUUACUUUGGCAUCUUCAUCGUGGCCCACUGGUGCAUCAUGACAUUUUGGAUAAUUCAAGGCGAGACAGACUUUUGCAUGUCCAAAUGGGAGGAGAUCAUCUACAACAUGAUGGUGGGCAUCGUGUAUGUUUUCUGCUGGUUCAGCGUCAGAGAGGGGCGCACUCGCUGCAGAAUGCUCAUCUACAGCCUGACUGUGUUAGUUGAGAAUGUGGCACUCACCACUGCCUGGUACUUGUACCGUGGCUCUCGUACCUCAGACUUCUACGCCGUCAUCAUGGUGUGCUUGGUGGCCAGCAGCUACGCUUUGGGCACUUUCUUCAUGUUUGUGUAUUACUGUCUGCUGCACCCUGACGGCUCAGUCUCAGGGUGGGGUUAUAUAGUGGAGAAGGAGGUGCCUGUGGAGUCGCUGGCCUCCCCAGCUUCCAGCCUGCCUCCCGACCUGGUGAGCAGCCCCCCCAGGACCCUUCAGAGAACUAAAGGGUCAGACAGAGAGCAGGGGCCUGGGGUGGAUGGAGACGUGUUUCAGGUACGACCGCCUCGGGGAGCUCACGCCCCAGUGCCCCCACUAACACCCAGGACAGAGGGGCCCGUGAUCCGAAUAGACCUGCCCAGGAAGAAGUACCCCGCCUGGGAUGCUCAUUUCAUCGAUCGCCGGCUGCGUAAAACCAUCCUGGUGCUCGAGAGUGCUGCCCCGGUUACGCCAAGGAUUCAGUACCGCUGCCUGGGCACACCCAAAGAAGUGAUGGAGUACGAGACCACCGUGUAAUGUGCUGAAUGUGCUGUGACUCAGCUUGCUGCCGUGUGGACAUCCUGCCUUAACUAUAAAUGGCAGGAGGAUGACUCUCUCUGAGCAGCCUGUUUUAGCUCCACACCUACUUGAUUGCUCUCUGUGCUGUCAGGCGCUGGACACAAACAGGCAAAGAAAGUGAUGGAGUGUUGUGUCUUUAUUUUCUACAAAGGCAAAAUCCUGUGAUAUUGUCUAUUGAUGGUGCAUAUUUUGGUUUCUGUAUCAUUUCUCAGGUCAGGAUGUGGUACAGGAAGAGGUCGAAGUUGGCCGCAAAGCUCGCUAUCUGGUAAAUUUAGAGAGAAGCACAGGCAGGCAGAGAAGUGGAGCUGUUGUCAGUCAGAGGCAGAAAGUCCUCCUCAGUGAAGGUGCUUCAGCACAUCCUCUCUAGGUGGCCGAUGACAGAGACAAGCCUUCAACAUGCAUGAUUAUUUAUGGCAGCUACAACUGAAACAUCACACUGAGUGAGUAGGUUACGCAUUUAAAGAAGACGGUAAUCUCACAGUGUAAUUUUAAACACACAUGACAAUAAACAAAAUACAAGUAUUGAUCUCCGUAUUCAUAAUUUUCCAUAGCUAUUCGGUCAUGUUGAAGGAGUCUCUGAAAUGCUGCUUCGAAUCUGAAGGGCAGUUUAAAAGCAACAUUUGAGUUGAAUGUAAAAACAGUUGAAAAUGUGAUUAUUUGUGGCAAGGCUUCGAGCAUUUUCAUGCUGUUAGUGGGAUUUACAACAUUCCUGUGGUACUACAUUUGUUUUUUGAGGUAAGCUACAACAAAAAAAAGGAGAUCUGUGUGUGUUUACAAGCAGUCUGUUAUUUUUGGGACAUGUCAUCACUCUUACUAGAACAAGAUGCACCUUCCUCCAGAAUGUGUAUGCACUGAACAAUAGCUACAUUAUGAUUUCCAUGACAUUUACAGGAUGUAUUCCACUGAUGGGACUCAACAGUUGUAUUUUCAUACUGCACCCAUCUUCCACAGCAAAAGCAACAGGACAGCCAUUAAUUUACAUGUAAUUUACUGUACAACGAAGAGGGAGUUGCAGAGGGACAGCACUGUCUGUAAUUGUACUGUAUUCAUACUUUGUUGUCUGAAAAAUAUAAAAAGAAAAAAAACAUAGCUGCAGACUCCAAACUCCUAACAGAAUAGCUUUGAUAUUAUUGAUGGUACAGGCAUGUAGUACUUUUGGUAGUGCUUUAAAUUAUAGGUCUGUUAUUUCCUUCUAAUUUCCUCAAAAUUUACCUAAAAUGAAAUAUGGAAUUUGGUACAAAUUGUAUUGAAAAAUACAAAAAAAUUCUUCAAGCAUUGUUAAUUUAUUCACCAUCCACUAAUUAUUGGAAACAUACUCACCCAUAGACAAGUUGCACAUAAUUUUACAUGUUAUGUCCUGGUAAAAAUACUACACUAGUUUAGGAUUGGACAUGAAUUGAUCAUUUUGCAGGAGCGCAGUCUGUAUUUUACCUGUAAUUAGAGACAAAUUACAUUUAAUUAAAGUUCUUUUCCAGGAAUCUUUUGAGGAGAUGAUGAACCCAUAAAAUAAAGCAGUUCCAUUGUUUCUUUUAUCAGGGUUGUUUUUAUAUAGAAUAGUCACAAGAAGGAAAUUUCUGAACCGUGCGUGUUUGCGUGUCUGUGUAUGUGUGCUCACAUACCAGCAUGUGUGUAUGUGGGGGAGAUGAGUCCUGCCAUGUGCAUUUAAAUUAAUUUGAAACUGUGUCCCUGAGAUGUGACGGUUUUGUUGUAAACACUGUCCAUUCAGCUCAUUUUCCCAGAUGACACUGAAACGAAAAAUUAGCCCACAGAGCACCUUUACCACCCUGCUGCAGUAAAAAAAAAAAAAAAGACAAAAAAGAAAACAAACAAGCCAGAGAGGCUUCGAUUAUGGUGCUAACUGUCUGAGUCCAUCACUUAACAACCACACGGGGUACCAUAAAAUGAGCUUGUUGUGGCAGGAGUUGGGCGGGGCUGUACCUCAAACACAAAGCUAGAAUCAAAAAGCCUUAAGCUGGUUAUGCCAGACUGUUGCUGUUCUGAGCAAGAAAAAAAAUGAACAAGAAGGUGAAGACAAUUUCAUUAUGUUGUUGUUGCUAAAAUAAAGAGCAAUGUGUUUACCUGA